GGCAUCGGCCGCAACCGGCCGGCCUUGUGGCUUUCUUUCUCGUCAUCUCUCAUGUGGCGCUUAUGCGUGCCGCAUGCCUGCGGCUUCGGGGCAAGGCCUGGGAGGUGCCGGAGCAUCCGAUUGCAGACCUGCGUGCCCAAGCGGGGGGACAAGGCGGCCCUAGCCUUCGCCGUUGCGCAGCGGCCUUGCGGAGCAUGGCAGGGGCUCGGCAAUGGCAGACAGCUGCGGCAUUGCUGGAGGACAUGGCCCGCCACGGGCCACGGCCCGACCGAGUUUGCCUGAACGCCGGGAUCGGCGCCUGCGGCCGGGCCUCCGCCUGGCAGCCCGCACUGGCGCUGCUGGAGACCAUGCGAACGCAUGGCCUCGCCGACACAAUCAGCUUCAACGCGACCAUCACGGCCUGUGCCAGGGCACGGCAGUGGCAGGUGGGGCUUUUGCUGCUGCAGGCCCUGCAGGCUGAUGGGCGGCUCCCGCCCAGCGCUACCACGUUGGGUGCGGCCGUGUCUGCCUGUGAGAAAGGUGAGUUUUGGCGCGGCGCGCUGCAUCUCCUCGCGGAGGGCAUCGGGGAGAGUCCCAGGCUGAAGCCCAACAUAUUGGCCUUCAGCGCAGCUGUGAAUGCCUGUGGCCGGGGCCUGCGCUGGGAUUUUAGCCUGCGGCUGCUGAGCGAGGCUCGGGAGGCCAACCUGGAGCUAGAUGCCAUCACCUACAACUGCGCGGUGGGCGCCUGCGCCCGGGCGCGGAGGUGGGAGGACGCCCUGAGCCUUGUGUCUGAGAUGUGGGCUUUUGACAUUGUGCCUGACUAUGUCACUCGCAAGCUCGCGGCAACGGCGGUGGGCAGCCAAGGGGAGAGGCUCGAGGAGGCCUUCCGGCGACCCGUGCAGGCUUCUGCCGUCAGCGUUGACAAGGCCGCGCUGGAUGGCAGGAUCUAUGGGCACACACCUGUUCUGCAGGACGAGGUUAUUCAGGCGCUCUGUGCCGCAGCCCCCAGCGAUGGUGUCCUGGCGGAUGCCACCUUCGGCCGCGGCGGGCACACCAGGGCGCUCUUGGAUCGACUGCCGCGCGCCACGGUCUUUGCUUUGGAUGUGGACCCUUCUGCGGUCUCGGAGGCCCGGCGCCUGGCGGUGCUGGAGCCGAGGCUCCGGCCGCUGCACGCAGCCUUUGGAGACCUUGCAGAGGUCUUGCCUGAUGUCCAGCUCCACGGGGUGCUGGCGGACCUGGGCGUGUCCUCCCCGCAGCUGGAUCAGAAGCACCGGGGCUUCUCGCCCUGCGAGGACGGGCCUCUGGACCUCCGCAUGAACCCGGAGACGGGGAUCCCAGCCUCGGAGUGGCUGGACUCCGUGUCCCCGGAGGAGCUGGCCGCGGUCAUCGGCCGCUACGGGGAGGACCGCGAUCCUUUCCUGGCGGCUCGCCUGGCCGAGGCCAUUUGCGCCCGCCGGCCGAUGACAAGAACAACUCAGCUGGCUGAGGUGGUGGCACUGAUCAAGGAGCGGAUCUGCGGAAAGAACCCGUUCCAGGAGCCAGCGCGGCUCACUUUUCAGGCGAUCCGUUCGCAUUUGAACCAAGAGUUCCAGCAGCUGGAAGCUUUGCUGCCCGCGGCCUUCGCCCGCCUGGUGUUGGGCGGGCGCGCCGUCAUCAUUUGCUUCAAGGGAGCUGAGGUUGCGACGGUGCGGCGAUGGCUGCGGCGGAAUGAGGAGUGCAAGCCGGAGCUGGUGAGAGGCUGGAGCCAGGAGCGGGUCAAAGAGCUCUACCCACUUCUGCAGAAGAGCCAUGAGGACCAGUCGUGGUGCGCCAUUGAGGUGCAGGAGCCUUUGCGCCCCUCGGAGGCGGAGCUGCAGGCCAACACCCGCGCGCGCUCCGCGCGGGCGCUGGUCCUGGAGAAGCGGCCGCGACAAGAGAAAAAGUCGGAUGCGCGGUUCGCUGGCCUUCAUAAGGCCGUGCCUCCGGGACAGUUUCAGCGGCGGUCACUGGCGCCCUCGGCUUCCUUCUUCGAAGCAUCGCGCCGUUCUGUCUUUAAGGUGACCGCUAGACUCCGCUAG